AUGUAUAAGACGUUUCUGCUGGCUGCUGUGCCCGGCUCUGCUCCUGCCCACUGCAUCAUCAGUGGAAAUCCUGCCUCUGCCUCUGGAUCUCCCUGCCCGUCUCUGUCUUGCCAGCCGCCUGCCGGACCUCCGCAUCUCCCUCCCGCGAAGAGGAUCGGCUUUCCUCCCGGCUCGUCCUCCAGACGCCUCCGCCGCUCUCUGCCGCCUGCCCGCAGCGUCGCAGAGCGUCCUCCCGGACUGCCGGUUCCUGGAAGUCUGCCCCCCCUCCCCCCCUCCCCGUCCUUCCUUCCUUCCUUCCCUGGUCACUGUUGGGUGUCCAUAGCCAGAAAGCUGAGCCGCUCGCUGGCUGCUGUACGUCCAGUUCGAGCCGUGAGCCGCUCGCGAGCCGUUACUGGCUGUUACCGUGGCUGCCGGUUGCUCCCCGUUCUCUCGUGGUGGACAAAAUUUACUGAUUGGCGGGCCGCCGUUUGUCUGGAGCUGUGCUGGCUACACGGGGUCCCAAACUUCCCACCUGUUGCCAGCCUUUGUGCGAAGGCUAACAGUUCCCACCUGUUGCCAGCCUUUGUGCGAAGGAGUCACACGGCUGUUCUCACCGACAGCAGAAUCCACACAAUGAACGAAGUGGUGUCCGGAAUCAGGAUAAUAAAGAUGUAUGCCUGGGAGAAACCCUUUGCUGCUCUGGUCUCUGACAUCAGAAGGAAGGAGAUCUCCAAGAUCAUGAAGAGCUCCUACCUGUGAGGUCUCAACAUGGCCUCCUUUUUCUGUGCCAGCAAGAUUAUCGUCUUCGUCACCUUCACCCUCUAUGUCCUUUUGGGAAACAAGAUCUCGGCCAGCCGUGUCUUUGUGACGGUGUCGUUGUGCACAGCUGUGCGACUCACCGUCACACUCUUCUUCCCCAAUGCCAUUGAGAAGCUGUUUGAGAGCCGUGUCGGCAUCCGAAGGAUUCAGGAGUUCUUGCUGCUGGGUCAGAUCACUAAAAGCAGCGCUAAUCUGCCAAAGGAUGAGAAGAAGGACGCAGGCGUGGAGGUCCAGGAUCUGACCUGCUACUGGGACAAGAGUUUGGAUGCUCCGUCUCUGCAGAACGUCUCCUUCUCUCUGAAGUCAAAUCAGCCGGUGGCUGUAAUCGGACCAGUGGGAGCUGGAAAGUCAUCCCUACUGAGCUCCAUCCUGGGAGAGCUUCCAGCUGAGAAGGGGGUGCUGAAAGUGAAAGGUCAGCUGACCUAUGCUGCCCAGCAGCCCUGGGUUUUUCCCAGAAGCAUUCGCAGCAACAUCCUGUUUGGAAAAGAGCUGAACCCCCAGAAGUAUGAAAGAACCAUCAGGGCCUGCGCUCUAAAGAGGGACUUGCAGCUGCUCCCUGAUGGAGACCAGAUGCUGAUCGGGGACAGAGGAGCCACGCUCAGCGGGGGACAGAAAGCUCGAGUCAACCUGGCGAGAGCCGUGUAUCAGGAUGCAGACAUCUACCUCCUGGAUGAUCCUUUAAGUGCUGUCGACGCCGAGGUUGGAAGACACCUCUUUGAACAGUGCAUCUGUGGGCUGCUGAAGAACAAACCUCGUAUCUUGGUCACCCACCAGCUGCAGUACCUGAAGGCAGCAGACCAGAUCGUUGUCCUCAAGGAGGGUCACAUGGUGGCAAAGGGAACAUACACAGAGCUGCAGCAGUCUGGAGUGGACUUCACCUCCCUGCUGAAGAAGGACGAGGAGGACGAGCAACAGCAGCCUGCCCAAGACAUCCCUGCCAGGAGCAGAACUCUGUCCCAGAAUUCUGUGCUCUCCCAGACCUCCUCCGUCCAGUCAGUCAUGGAUGGAGACAGUUUGCUGGCAGAGCCGGUGCAAACAUUAGCGGAGGAGAGUCGAGCUCAGGGAACCAUUGGAGUGAGGCUGUACGUCAAAUACCUGAGAGCUGGAGCCAGCAUUGUGACUCUGCUGGCUGCCAUUGUGCUCAACCUGCUGGCUCAGGGAGCAUACAUCAUGCAGGACUGGUGGCUGGCCUACUGGGCUGACGAGCAAGAAAAGCUUGAUGCUCUCAACACCACCAUCACAAAUGCACAAAACGCUACCCAAGAGCUGGACAGAGAUUUCUACCUGGGAAUCUACGCAGGUUUGACCGGAGCCACCAUCAUUUUUGGCUUCAUGAGGAAUCUGGUUCUGUUCAACGUGCUGGUGAGGUGUGCACAGUCCCUGCACAACGGCAUGUUCAACACCAUACUCAGAACCCCCGUGCGCUUCUUUGACGUCAACCCCAUCGGAAGAAUCUUAAACAGAUUUUCAAAGGACAUCGGCCAGCUGGACUCCAACAUGCCAUGGACUUUUGUGGAGUCUCAAGCAAGCAUAAGUUAUGGCAACUGGACUAACCUCGUAAUGCGCACCUUGUGGUCAUCAAAGGAGUGCCCCUUCUCCUUGAGGUGGAGGUGGACUGCUGAGUCCUGGCCUGUGGUCGUGGCCCUCCUGUGUUGUGCCAUGCGCUUGUGUAAUGGCUGCUUAGUCUCUCCAAUGUACAGCGAUGCAGGACUUUGUAUUGCAGUGAAAAUUAACCCACACUGUCUCUUCACUGCUUGUCCUGCAGCUCGGAGUCCCGUCUUCUCCCACCUGUCUUCGUCUCUUCAGGGCCUGUGGACGAUCCGAGCCUUCGGGGCUGAGGAGAGAUUCCAGAAUACGUUUGACGCCCAUCAGGAUCUACACUCAGAAGCGUGGUUCCUGUUCCUGACCACUUCUCACUGGUUUGCCGUCCGCCUCGAUUUCAUCUGCGCCGUUUUCGUCACCAUCACCACUUUCGGCUGCGUGCUGCUCCGAGACCAGCUGGAUGCCGGCUCCGUUGGUUUGGCUCUGAGCUACGCCGUCACUCUGACCGGCAUGUUUCAGUGGGGUGUCAGGCAGAGUGCCGAGGUGGAGAACAUGGUGCAGCUGAAGUCGGCGGUGGAGGAGCUGCCCGGUAAGUUGGAGACGGUUCUGGCUGAGUCGGGCUCCAACUUCAGCGUGGGUCAGAGGCAGCUGGUGUGUUUGGCCAGAGCCAUCCUGAGGAAGAACCGCAUCCUCAUCAUCGACGAGGCCACGGCCAACGUGGACCCCAGGACCGACGAGCUGAUCCAGAAAACGAUACGGGACAAGUUCAGAGAAUGCACCGUGCUCAAACUAACCCUCUUACCGUGCCUCAACACCAUCAUAGACAGCGACCGCAUUCUGGUUCUGGAUGCCGGGGAGAUCCACGCCUACGACGAGCCUUACAGCUUGCUUCAAGAUCCAAACGGGACCUUUUAUAAGAUGGUCCAGCAGACGGGCAAACAGGAGGCUGCAGCUCUGCAGUCGGCAGCUGAGCAGGUUUACUCCAACCGAAGCCGUGCUAACGUUCCAAACGGACACGCAGAAACGGCAGACGGUAACAUCGUAAUCUUUGAGACGGCUCUGUAAGCCGAAGAAGAGUCUCUGCUCUGCCAGAAGCCUCAGAGAGCUGCUGGGCUCGUCCACCGGUCCACCAGACAGACGGUGAGGAGACGCAUCUCAGGACCUACAGGGAGGCUGCAGCCUCAGUGAACAUCUGAGCCAAACAGUCUAACGCUGUUUGUUGGAGCUCACAGACCUGAGAAAUCACUGCUGUACAAACUGUUGAAGCAGACCAAUAUUUAUUAUCUGCUGCUUCAUAUUUAUCAUGUUGAAUAGCUUUCAAAUGGCCGCGUAAUCCUUAAAAACCAAGUGCCUUAUUUCAAGUUUGUGUAAAUUUAACCGUUCAAAGAAUAUCUGUAUCUGUGAGUCCAGGUAGCAGAGAAGCAUGGAAUCAGCGACUAAAUCUACCUGAGGUUGCUGCUUAAUCAGUCACAGCAUUUGGGUUCCUUUUCCACGAAUGUUCGUCGUUCAGACCACUGUGAUGUUAGUCAGGUAUGUAUUCUACAUAGGACAGAAAAGCAGCUGAUCACCUGAGGACGGCUGCGAUGUAGCUAAAGUUUUACCUCCAGCUUAUAGGAAGAUCACUGCUCUGACUAAAGGAAAGUGAGUUCAUUCAGACACGAGACUGACGAACCUGAAGACACAUUUCACUGCAGCAGCACUUUCUGUGUUAGAUUUCAACAACAGUCUGUUCUCAACACUGAUGUCUUUGCCUUAAACUAAUCCAGACACACAUGUACCGGACUUUAGAAACAGUCUGAAAAGGAGUUUCUCGUACAGAUGCUGUGGUCCUUGUACUCCCACUCCACUGAUUUAAGAGCUUACAGGGAGGAGGGAAUCUUAACAGCUGCUACAGAUGAUGUGGAGUUUGUUGAAUGACUUUGAUCUGUUCACACUUGUUGUAUUAACUGCAGAUUUGUACAUUUGUUCAGUCAAAUUCUACAUAAAAGGCGCUUUAAACAACA